CAAGUGGGAAAAGCUGAUCAACAACUGCUCACUGGAUGCCCGAGCCCGCGGGGCUCGAGCCUCGAGCCUCGAACCUCGAAGGCGCUAGCGGCUCAAGGCCAGUGACGGGACCGCCUGCUGGCUGGCUCGCGCCGUCCCAUCGGACACUUGCGCGACUUGCGCCUUGGGCCUGCGCUUUUGCCCCGAUCGCCCUCCUGUUCUGGCAUUGGAGGAUCGUGCCGCAGGGAAGGAAGGAAGGAAGGAGGGAGGGGCGGUGGGACGAGCUUUGACUCCUCGUUGUUGCUCCAGCCCUGCUCGGGCGAUUGGGCCGCUCGGUUGGUUGGUUUGUUGGUCAGUCCAUGGAUGCGAGUGACUGAUUCAUUGGGGCCGGAAUCGUUUCGGCGCAGCGACGUUCGCUCUGCCCUCGAGCUUUCGAGCUGAAUUAUGGUCUAAGCUGGGCAAAUUCGAGCUCACGGUGGGCACGGUGGAAGAAGCAGGGGAGUCGGUCGAGCAAGACUGCUGCCUGUACCAAGCUGGGCGCUCUUCACACCUUUCUUGUGUUGGUGCCUGCCCUUUGGCUGAGUUCUGAUUUCCUCGGGAGAUUCCUGCUUGGCUGGAAUGACGAGACGGUGUUCGAGGAUUCUUGGUCAAAUUCGCACUUUCGUUUGAGUUUUGAACUCCUCGGGACUUCGCAUUUGGUGUUUUUCUUAGCAUCUGGCCCUAGUUGUGGAAGUUUAUGGAUAAUUACAGGCGUCUGUAAGGGCUCUGUUUUAUUUGUAUCGAAACCAUAGCAAAGCGGUGGUAUGUCUAUCCUUGAGGCUCACAAUGUGCGGAUAGUUGGUUCGGGAGAUCAGCUCGUGGUACUAGGACAUGGUUUCGGAACUGACCAGUCUGUGUGGAAGGAGGUAAUUCCUCAUCUUCUCGAUGACUACCGACUUAUUUUGUACGAUACCAUGGGAGCAGGGACCACGAAUCCCGACUAUUUUAACUUUCAACGCUAUUCUACCCUCCAUGGAUAUGCCGACGAUCUUCUUGCACUUUUAGAUGAGCUGGAGGUCGAGUGCUGUAUCUACAUUGGUCACUCCGUCUCCGGUAUGAUCGGGUGCCUUGCAUCUAUCGAGAGGCCUUAUCUCUUUUCCAAGAUAAUUAUGAUUUCAGCCUCUCCCAGAUAUCUGAAUGAUGCAAACUAUUUUGGUGGGUUUGACCAAGAAGAUUUGAAUCAGCUCUUUGAGGCAAUGCAAUCUAACUUCAAGGCUUGGGUUUCUGGAUUCGCUCCCCUGGCUGUUGGCGCUGACAUAGAGUCCGACGCUGUUCAAGAAUUCAGUCGAACCCUUUUCAACAUCCGUCCAGAUAUUGCGUUUAGUGUAGCCAAGACCAUAUUUCAGAGCGAUCUGAGGCGUAUUCUUCCACAAGUUAUUGUACCUUGCCACAUUUUACAAAGUAACAAAGAUUUGGCCGUACCCGUCGUUGUUUCAGAAUAUCUGAAACACUCUUUUGGAGGAAAGACGAUUGUAGAGAUCUUACCUACUGAUGGGCAUCUUCCUCAGCUCAGUUCACCAGAUGUUGUUGUUCCCGUACUCAUGCGACAUAUCAUGGGUUCCAUUUAGGUUCGCAUCAGGAUAGUUGUAGGAAGCUUCUGUGGAUAGAUAUCAGGGCUUGGGUAGGAACUUGUUGGCACGAGCGACUCAGAUCUUCUUAGUAGGCUAUGAAGUAGUUAGUGAUAGUCGUAGUAGAUUAAUGACUCCAGACAACGUAGAUAUCGCAGUUACAUGGAUCUCUAGCUGAAUCUCGUAGUUUUUUUAGGUCAACCUUAGAAUGUUUAGUCAUUCGGAUGAAGUAAUGUUGAAUGUCAAGAGAUGUCGAUGUGAUGUAUCGAGAUUUGAAUCAGUUGCUGACUGCUUCACCUCAAGUAAUAAAUCGAUGGGAACGAGUAUUUCGGUUGCGAAUGGAACGUUCCCGGAGCAAAGUGAAGGUCGACAAACAUAUCUAUCGGGUACAGAAUCUCGCAUAGAGCAUGGGGAUGUCGAUGGAGCUUACUGUGCUGGGAUUGCUGACAGGACUCGUAUUCCUAGUUCCAGCCCCAGCGUUCUUGAAGGAGAGAGAACUGAUUCAACCGAGAGAUUUGCAAAGCAGGGUCGAGGGGCACAAACUUCAAUUUGUGGAUCUCCACCCUGUGUUGAUGGUGAUGGACAAGUGUCAGCUUUGUCCAAACCUGUUACUAGUACAAGUUUUGACGGGGUAAGCAAGAAAACUCCAAACCUGAUUAGCCAGGGAAGUGUAGGAGCUGCCGCGACAAUCUUGGGCAUACCACCAGGAGGAUACGCAGGACAGUUCAAAACGCAACUCUCAUUUGGAGACAGAGGAGGCAACGAGCAUUCUCACCUUCCACAUUCAGUUCUACAAGUUAUUGCCACGUCACUUCAGUGUGAUCUUGUUGUUGCGGCCAUUCUACAGAAUCCAUUGCGCCUUGCAGAAACGGUUCUAUGCGUACCUAAGGGUCUAGUAACUGUACCCCUGCGCUUCUCCAAAUCAGCUUUGGCAGCAUCAACAAGAUGCGAGGUGCUAAGUACAGACUCUUUACUCCUACCAAGUAUGCUGACAGCUGUGCUUGGAGCCCGACCCAAGCGCUUUCUUGCUACACAGUUCCACGCUGAAGGCUAUGAGGGCUUGUGUUACUCAUUGUGGCUGGAUCCCGACAAAGUUCCAGAUGUCGCAGAGAGUGUUAUGUCUGAAGCCGGGCAAUCGUUGCCUCUCCUACUGGCCAGCAGUGUACGAGCCCUAUGUUGUGAUCGGAUGGGACGACGCUUUGAUGUCAUCAUGAAGAAGAUGCCACAAGCAGUAGCAUUUGUUGAUGAAGGACGAGGUCAGUGCUUAAUAAAUCCGACUGCAGCAGAUCUUUUGUGCCUUCCUGGGCCAGGAGAGUACGACACUAAGAAAGUUGCAAACGGCAUGAGACAGCUUGCUGAUCGCAGUAUCGUUGCGGCUGAUGUUUAUAGGUGUAUAAACAUGUUGGCUGGCAAGCCAAGUCAAACCAGGGACUGGAUAUGGGAGCUGAAGCAUCCACGCUCUGUUCUACGUGUUCGGUCGUACCCAAUAAGUAACGUGGCCACCCACGGUCGAGUUUGGCUCUUUGAUGAUGUCACAUCUGAGAAGGAUGCACAUGACGCAAUUGAGGAAGCCAAUAAGGCUAAGUCCCAGUUUCUGGCGAUGAUGAGUCAUGAGCUCCGCACUCCAAUGACCGGAGUCCUGGGAAUGUUGGAUCUUCUUCGCUUGACCUCUUUGACCGAAGAGCAAGCUCGUUUUGUAAGAGUUAUGCAAGGAUCUGCCGAAGGACUGAUGCAAGUACUUAAUGAGAUUCUUGAUUUUUCAAAAAUCCAGUCGGGCCACUUGGCUUUGGAAAAUGUCAAUUUCUAUAUUGAUGAAUUGCUGGAGCAGGUGUCUGCCUUAUUCCAAGGUCGGUUGGCGGAGAGAAAAUUGGGUUUGUCCAUUGAGAUGCCUUCAAAGAGUGAGAUGCAUGUGUACGGGGAUCCGAAUCGCCUCAGACAGGUGCUCAGCAACUUAGUGAGUAAUGCGAUCAAGUUUACUGAAGAAGGUGGGAUACGGAUCAGAUGGAAACGUGUUUCAUCAUGUGGUGGAUUGGUGACAUCUGAUUGCUUUAAUGAUCGUGAUACCUGUGUGUCUGCGACAUCCUUACCUGAGGGUGAUGAGAAGAACUCCACACCCUUCACACAUAGUAACACAGACUUGACUGCACCACAUGUUUCCCUCUAUGAUGGGGAUGUAGGUUCAGAAGAGCAGAAAGUAGCGGCUGAGUUACAGAGACGCUCAUCUCUCUUGGAUCCUGAAGUAAAUCUGGUAGUCACUCACGAGGCUACCGAGCGGAGGAAAGCUGUUGAGGCAAGGAUAUGGUUUGAAGUUCAAGUGACUGAUACUGGAAUCGGUUUGACUAGCGAGCAGCAAGGUCGACUGUUCCAGUCAUUUUCUCAAGCGGAUAGUAGUACUACAAGAAAGUUUGGUGGAACUGGGCUGGGCCUCGCCAUCUGUAAAGGGCUUGUAGAGGUCAUGGGUGGAAAGAUCUGGGUGGAAAGUGAGUCUGGAAAAGGCAGUACAUUUGCUUUCCGAGUACCUCUUUCUUCCGCUGUAGGAACCUCCGAAAUGGGAUUAUGCACUGAUUCCGAGUUCCGUCAGAGAGCGAAGUCCAUGCCACAACCCCGGUCGUUGAAGAGCAAGGGGCAGACUUUGAACGUCCUCGUUGCCGAGGACAACAGGGUAAACCAGCUAUUGAUACGGAAAAUGCUGGUUCACUAUGGUCACAAGGUUGAACUCGUGGUGAACGGACAGUUGGCUGUGGAGGCAAUACAGAUUGGACAACAUGACAUGAUAUUGAUGGAUUUGCAGAUGCCCGUUUUGGAUGGUCUGAGUGCGACGAAAGCAAUCCGAGCUCUUGGUGGAGAAGUUUCGAAGGUUCCCAUUUACGCAUUGACGGCGGAUGUUUUGACCAAAGGGACAGGAUCCUUAGAAGCUAUGGGACUAACUGGAUACCUCACAAAACCUAUCAAUUGGGAUAAGCUUUCCCAAGUACUGGAUGAGGUUGUGCAGAAAAAGGAAGAGCAGCGGUCUUGGACGCCUGUCAAUCAUUGAUUUGUAGGAGAAAUAGUUUCGUGGCAUCCUCAGAUGGAUUCUUUUCAACUAAACAGAUGGAUUGUAUAAAAUUUUUUUCCUAUAUUUUUUUUACCUUCAUUUGUGAGGUAAAUCACCAAGAGUUUCUUGACUGCCGUCAAUGGAGUCUACCCCUUGAUGGAAUUUUUCUUCCUGUUUGUGAAUCAGAACCUGAUUCGUCAGAAGCAGGUUGCUCUUGUACUUAUAUCCAUUUGGAAAUCUAAGAUAAUACAUUCUCGCUCAAGGUUAGUUUCUGUACAAAUUCGUUUCCUCCACUGGUGUUGUCACUCUAGUAGGCAAGCCUUAAGUUUUUCAUUUAUCUUUCAUAAGAGUUACAAACCGUCUACGUUCAAGAAUCGUUUGUGCAAUUCAUAUUAUACUUGAAAAGUGUAGAACCUUUUUCCAUUGUAAGGAGCUGUGA